AACAAGCCCAAUCUUCACCACCCACAAUCAAUGUUAGUGCUUUUUUUCACAUCCACACAAGUGGUUUCGCUUUCUUUGUUGACUAAUGAUUAUAUAAAUGGUUAAAAAUUCAUCAAUUUUUCUUAGAAUAGUUAUGUUUAGAUCUUCCAAGGCAAAAUGAGUUCUCUAAUUGCCCUUUUUUCCUUCAUAAUCAUCAUCAGUUGUAGCUGUUCUUCAAUUUUUGCUCAGCAGCCAUAUGUCAGAGAAGACACAACUGAAUGUAAUGAAAAGCAUAACUCAAGCUCUUCUCUUGGCUACUUCUGUAAUGGUGUAAACAGAAGUUGUCAGACUUUCAUCACUUUCAGAGCUGUGCCUCCUUACACAACCUUGGCUGCCAUCUCCAAGCUUUUGGCUGCAGACCCUUCUCAGAUCUCUGCAUUAAACUCUAAUAAGACAACGUUUGGUACAAACAAAUUGGUCAUAGUUCCAGUCACCUGCUCCUGUCAUGGCGGAUACUACCAAUCAAACACGUCUUAUAUCAUCAAGCCACAAGAUACAUAUCUGGCUAUUGCCAAUAACACCUUCCAAGGCAUCACAACUUGCCAGGCUCUUGAGAAUCAAAAAGGUAAUCCUAAUCGUUUUGAACUUGAAACUAACGAAAAUAUUACUGUUCCUCUUAGAUGUGCUUGUCCCACAAAGAGCCAAGUUGAUCUUGGUGUGAAAUAUCUAAUGAGUUACUUAGUCGAUUAUGAUGAUGAUGAUUCAACCAUUAGUGAAGAUUUUGGAGUAGAUAACGAAUUGCUUCUUAAAGCUAAUCAGCUGACUGAUAUUGACAACACUAUUUAUCCAUUUACCACUCUUUUGGUCCCCCUUCAAAGCCCACCAACCAAUUCUUCAACCAUAGUAAGGCCACCGCCGCCACCACCGCCGCCUCCUCGAACAUCAACUCCCACCAUUUUUUCCUCUAACACAAGCUCAAAUAGAAAUUGGCUUUAUGCCCUUUAUGGUGCUGUUGGAGGUGGCUCUUUUGUCUUACUUUUGGGUGCUUUAAUCUACUGCUUAGUCUUCUGUCGAAGGAAGAAGAAAGCUGACCCGACUCUUGUCCCAGCAAACUCUACACGACUUGAUCAGGAGAAAACCGUGAAAAUUUCACUGGAGUUCUUGGAGAGCUUAUCUGAUAUAGCUCAAUCCAUCAAAGUUUACAGUAUUGAAGAGCUUCAGCGGGCAACAAAUGAUUUUAGCAUUAAUUCAUUGAUUGAAGGCUCCGUUUACCGCGGUGAGAUUGAUGGAAAUCCUAAAGCAAUCAAGAAAAUGGAAGGAGAUGUCUCCAAAGAGAUCAAUUUAUUGCAGAAGAUCAACCAUUCUUGUCUGAUUCGUCUCUCUGGGGUUUGUUUCAAUGAGGGUCAUUGGUAUCUUGUUUACGAGUUUGCCACCAAUGGAGCCUUGAGUGAUUGGAUCUACAAUGAAAAAAACAAUGGAAAAUGUCUGAGUUGGUCUCAGAGAAUCCAGAUAGCCUUAGAUGUGGCUACAGGAUUGAAUUAUCUUCAUUGUUUCACCACUCCUUCACAUGUCCACAAGGACAUAAAGUGCAGCAAUAUCCUUCUUGACAGUGAUUUCAGGGCCAAAAUCGCAAACUUUUGUCUAGUAAGGUCAACAAAUGCUCAACAAGAGAAUGAGUUUUCUUUGACAAAUCACAUUGUUGGAACAAUAGGCUAUCUGGCUCCUGAGUACUUGGAAAAUGGAUUGGUCUCUACAAAACUCGAUGUCUAUGCAUUUGGAGUUUUAUUACUGGAAAUGCUUGCAGGGACAGAGGUAUCUUUUCUGUACAAGGAGAAUAGGGACUUAUCACAUGUUUACAGUGGUGUGCUGAACAAUGAAAGAAAAGAGAGUUUGAAGCAGUUUAUGGAUCCUUCAAUGCAAGAGAAGUACCCUUCUGAACUUGUUGGUUUUGUGGUUCAAAUCAUCGACCUUUGCAUAAAGAAAAAUCCGGAAAUUCGACCGCCAAUAGAGGAGGUUGUGAAGCUUCUCUCUAAAGCUUUGAGCAGUUCACUAACAUGGGAAUCAUCAAUCAAAUAACAUUGUGAGGUAGAAAGCUCACUGGAAGCUCUUGAGGAUAGGAACUAAACUCGGCUGAAAAUGAGUCUUUCAUCUUAUUAAUAAUGCAAUAAUCCAACUUACUCAUGUAUACACUUUAUUAGUAGUGUAAAUAUUUUGACUAGUUUGCAUAUGUCUAAAAUACCACAAUUAUAGACUUACCAGCAUUAUUGGAGUAUCUUAUUUUGUUCUGAAUUUCUUACAAGGCAGGUUGUAUAAUUAUAUGUAUAAAUAAUUGGGCAUGGUUGUGUUGUUGUGCUA